UUCCAAAGCCCUUUGUCUCCGGCGCAGCCUCCUAUGGAUGGUGUGGAGCCGAUGCGCUUUCUGACCCAGUGCCAGUCUGUUAAUAAGCGAGCUGAUUCUGUUUGCCUUUGUCGACAGGGCUCAGGUGUUCAACCUCUAACCAGCAAAGAAGAUGUAUACGCGUUUUCCAGGGUGAGCUCCUCUGAGGAAGACGAGGGCCCCUCUUCACUGAGGAGUCAGCUGCCCUUGAGAAGGGUCCUGAAGCACAGCACCCCUCUGGGAGCCUCCCCCAGCCUGCGCAGGAGGCCAGCAGGCCCCGUCCCCUCCCACCCAGCCGAGGGCCCUGAGCCUGGAUCCCCGCUGCCUGCACACCUCUCCUGGAACCCCCCGGCCCCCCAGGCAGGGCUCAGCUCCACGGCCGCCCUCCAGACCCCGCAGCUUUCUAGCAUCUGGGCCUCCAGGGUGGCCAGUGGGCAGCCAGGGCCCAACCCAGACCCCCGGGCUCCCAGGGAAGAGCCGCCCACAGCGGCCUCGGUCACGCGGCGGCAGCAGCGAGCGGAGUCCCGCGGAGCAAGGAGCAGGCCUCGAUCCGUGGGGUUGCCCGGGAUCCCCAACACAGCCAGGAGGAGGAAGCAGGACCUGAAGAAGCUGGCCACUGUGAUGGAGCGCGUGAGGCAGUGGGAAAUCCGCCAGCUUCAGGACAUCGAGGAGGCCACUCAGCAUGAGCUCACCAUCCAGGACGAUUGACCCUCGGGGCCGGGGCGGGGGGGUGCGAUGCUCUGGAGCUCGCACCUCGGCCGGACUCACCCGGCCCUCUGUCUGUCUGCAAACCCCAGCCCUCCUCAGGGCUUGCCCAGGUCCCGCUUGGACCGCUGCCCUCCCCGCGCUGCGUCCCUCGAGUCGGGUGGGGGCGAGCUAACGAGGCUCUCCAAGGUACCACCAGAGCGCAGGGCCCAGAGGGAGCCGACGGGGGAGGUGGACGCCCACUGCGCCACCCUGGGGGUGCCUGCCACCCCUGCGGCUUCCCCAGUGUGACCCAGGGCACAGGAUGACAUUUUGCACGUAGAGACCAGGGAGCGUGGCGACCCAGCCGCCCACACAGGGCUGGGGCCACACACCCAGCGGGCUCAGGAUGCCAUUCCGGGAGAGUCAGGCGCUGGGACUCUGAGCGGGAGGCGCUUCGGGCGGUUUGCAGGCGCUGGUUCCGAAAGGUGGGGGUGGGGUGAAGAAUCCGACCCUGUGCCAUGGUUCAGGCCGUCUCUGCCCCGUCCCUGUGCAGUCUCGCUGGGGUCCCACGGAAAAGCUGGAGGUGUUUACACCCUGUGCUCUGUUUUUUUUCCUUCCGAAAACGAAAAGAGCGUUUGUUUCCAACCCUACCCCGGGCCAUCUCCAGGGCUGCCCCUCCAGGCCUGGCCAUGGUGGCCCCACUCU